GACUAUGGGAUAACUUUCUGGUACAAGCAUCGAAGUUUUAAAAAUGACGUAAAGAAUUUCUUAACCAGAGAACUUUCAGUUACAUAUAGUCGACAUCUGUGGCCGGUAAAGUUAUUCGAAAUUCAUCAGGUGACUUUAGGUUAGACGUAAAGAGUUUUUGGUCUGGAACAGGGUAGCACGGACUUGUAGUGCAGUUGUAGUUACAACUUUUAAACGCUUUGUUCGGUCGUAAAUUGGAAGAAGAAACAAGGAGUGUGGAACUGGUGCCUUCACUUGACAGGUGUGGUGUGACCAAAACAAAAGCAAUAAAUUACGUAUAAGGUAUAACAAAUUUCCGGGAAAUCAAAGAUUCCAAGAAUCGAGAGUUAAAAAAAAAGUUCUGACAGAAGCAAAACAACUGCAGUGGUUCGUUAUAUGUAUGAUUCUUAGUAAAAAUGUUUCAUCCAGUCGAUGACUUUUAUUUAUUCAAGAAAGAUGUCUUUGUCUUUGUCGAGAAACUCUUAGGAAAAACUAAAUUCUUCUAGUACGACGUUGAAAUGCUCCGGGAUGUGUCCAAACGUGUCGAAGAAGUCAGCGACCUUUUAAACCGCGAGACAGAAAGAGUUUGCAAGGAAAUGGGAGCUCAAUCGCAAUGAAGCAGCUGAAAAAACUUGAGCAGGAUCCUUUGUCCAAAAUGUUGAAACUCAAUGUUGGCGGCCAACUGUUCUUGACCAGUCUAGAAACCCUGAAAAAGGAUCCAGGUUCCAUGUUGCAUGCCAUGUUUUCAGGACGAUUUGACACAAAACCAAGCGAGGAUGGAUCUUACUUCAUCGAUCGCGAUGGAACUUACUUCCGGUAUAUCUUGAAUUAUUUCCGCACUGGGCGGCUCAUUGUGCCUAAAGACGAGAUAAUUCGCAAAGAGCUACUGGCCGAGGCCGAGUUUUAUCAAGUUGAAGGAAUAAUUAAGGCAUUGACUGCAAGACCCUUUCAGGAUUCUGUUAUAUUGUCAUCGGAUCAAGGCCGAACUUUGAUGAACUGGUUGAAAGAGACGGGGGCCCUCACAGACGUCACAAUGGCUAGCGACAACCUGUCAUAUCGAGCUUCGCGUAAUGGCUGGGCUGCGUCCAACUUUCACUCUUGUUGUGACAACAAGGGACCGACUGUGACAGUGAUCAAGAGUGGAAAUUACAUAUUUGGAGGCUACACCGAACAGGAGUGGAAAGUAUUAGCGUCCACUUAG